UAUAUAUAUCCGUCCAUUAUCCAACCAUCUUCUAACACCACAGAAACACUUCCAAACGCUGUUGUUGUUUGGCUCAGGAAAAUUCUCUGACUCCGUCGUUGCUUUAGUCCAUCCGUUUUCUGCAACUCAGUCUUUGGAUUUUCUAGAUCUAAGCAGGAGUUCGAUAUAUCAGGAUGAAGGCGCUUAUUCUUGUUGGAGGGUACGGUACUCGGUUGAGGCCAUUGACGCUCAGUGUCCCAAAGCCAUUAGUUGAAUUUGCCAACAAACCCAUGAUUUUGCAUCAGAUUGAGGCUCUCAAGGCAGUCGGAGUAACUGAAGUUGUACUGGCUAUUAGUUACCAACCUGAGGAGAUGCUGAACUUCUUGAAAGAAUUUGAGGCAAACCUUGGAAUCAAGAUCACCUGUUCUCAAGAAACUGAACCACUUGGCACUGCAGGUCCCCUUGCUUUGGCUAGAGAUAAGCUGAUUGAUGACUCCGGUGAACCUUUUUUUGUUCUUAAUAGUGAUGUUAUCAGUGAAUAUCCUUUCAAGGAGAUGAUUGCUUUCCACAAAUCCCAUGGAGGUGAGGCUUCCUUGAUGGUCACCAAGGUGGAUGAGCCUUCUAAAUAUGGUGUUGUCGUCAUGGAAGAAUCGACAGGGCAAGUAGAGAGAUUUGUAGAGAAGCCAAAGUUAUUUGUUGGCAACAAGAUCAAUGCUGGAUUUUACCUGCUGAAUCCUUCUGUCCUCGACAGAAUUCAAUUACGGCCAACAUCAAUCGAGAAAGAGGUUUUCCCAAAAAUUGCAGCAGAGAAGAAACUGUAUGCUAUGGUCUUACCAGGUUUCUGGAUGGACAUUGGUCAGCCAAGAGAUUACAUUACUGGCCUCAGACUCUACCUGGACUCUUUAAAGAAGAAUUCUUCACCUAAAUUGGCUUCAGGAUCUCACAUUGUUGGAAAUGUCAUAGUGGAUGAGUCUGCAAAGAUUGGAGAGGGUUGUUUGAUAGGACCAGAUGUUGCAAUUGGUUCUGGUUGUGUUAUUGAGUCUGGAGUUAGACUCUCCAGCUGCACUGUGAUGCGAGGAGUCCGCAUCAAGAAACAUGCCUGCAUCUCAAGUAGCAUCAUUGGCUGGCAUUCUACAGUUGGACAAUGGGCUCGUGUCGAAAACAUGACCAUUCUUGGAGAAGAUGUCCAUGUUUGUGAUGAAAUUUACAGCAAUGGAGGUGUAGUUUUGCCCCACAAGGAGAUCAAAUCUAGCAUAUUGAAACCUGAAAUAGUGAUGUGAGAAUAUGAUUGUUAGCACUAGGGAGAUAUUAUGUAUUCACCUUCUUUCAAAUGUGUUUUUCCUUUGCUAUUCCUUUUUUGGUUGCUUUCCAGUUUCCUAUUCUUCAAGUAUAUAAGUCAGUACUGGUAAUUGAGCGAUGCAAACUUUUGUGCUGAAUUGUUGCUUUCUUAUGAAAGGUAUGAUGUAGAGAUUAGGAAAUGAGUAAUUUAGUUUUGUGUACAUAGAAAUAAAAGUUCUCCUUAUGGUUUUCUAUA